UCGGUCACCCGUAAACAGUUUUGAAAAUGGCUUCAGAAUGUAUUGGUUCAUACGCCGGAUAUAAAUAUAGCUACAACAGACAAACUAAUGGCGAAAAAACAAAUCCCCUUGAAAAGAAGAACCAGGAUUCAUCGUUGGUAUGGGUUACAAAGAGAUAUAUUCCAACUGACCUGAGGGUCUCUGCACCAGUUCCUAGACGCAAAAUUGUUACAUCAGAGUUGCCACCUUUAGACAGAAAUUGGAAAAUUGCUAGUGACCAAUCUUUGAGGUCUUUUGAAAGAAGAGAUGACAGAGUUUAUCUAUCUCAUCCAAGCACCAGAAGUGAAGAAUGGUCAACAUUGAGACAAUCCUUGCCGUCCCGUGGCACCAUGUUUAAACCAAACCCACCCAACUGGGGAUCCGGAUACAGUGGGACAUCAUCAUUUUCUGGGAACAGGCCGAAGAGGUUUCCUUUAGUCAACAGUCCAAUGACCAGAUAUGUAGAUGAUAUGCAUAAAACCAACCCAUUGUUUACGCUUUAUUGAUUGUAAUGGAUAUGGAGAAUGAAAUCAUGAGCAGCCUUUAAAUUCAUUAUUAGUAGACCAGUUAUCAUGACCACAUAUUUGUAUGGUCUUAAAUCGCUAUAACCAUACCAAGAGGGUUCUGGAUUAUGAAAUAACACGACUUUCCAAUAGGCUAUCAUAUGUUUCAUAUUAACUUUGUUAUGUUGUACAUGUAUUUUCACGUUGCUGUUUUUAAUUUAAUGUUCUAUUUUAUCAUGAGUUUAAUGUUGCAUUGCGGGAUUUGCAUAUACUUCAUAUAUUGAUUUUUAGCUGAUUUUAGAUCUUAAAUUGUAUUCAAAAUGUUAUGGUGGUUAUUGUUAAAUUGUUGAUUAUCAAUCAAGUCAUUGUGAUUAUUAUACAUGUAGUUUGUUUAAAUCACCAUUCCUUACAGUGUUUUUGUAUAUUUUGUUUAAUACAUUGAAGCUUGAU